UCCUUGGAAUGCUUGCAAUAUCAGCUAGAUAAGUACCCUUUAUUAGCAUUCUUAGGAAUAUUGAAUCCAAAUUCAACACCCCUCUACUCCAUGCUUCUGAUUCUGGUUUACCAAAUUGAUGCUAUAACACUAUAACUUCACUGAUAGUAUCUUAAUCCAUGCCAUGAUCCAUUUUCUUGUUCUUUCCUCAAUUUCAGUCUUGCUGCUAUGGCUUCAUGAGUAUAUCCUCUUUGAAGUGCAAAUGCUGAAUCAUUUCAUAAUUUGAAACAUAUGUCAUUAGUCAUUACUUUCACAUUUAAGGAUACAUGAAAUCUUUAAGGAUUCUAAGUCCUGAAGAUCCUGCAAUGACAAAGCAGAUUGUUAACACAACAAAGUUGAAAACAUGGAGACGAGUUUACUUUCUAAUCUUUGUCGCGGGGGCUGUUGCUCUUCUCCUUUCUGGUGCUGCCAUGUCCAAGUUCUUCACCUUGAAGUCAUUUCUUGGCAAUGAAUCUUUCUACUCCAGUUUCAACUCCGGGAACCAAAAUGAAGUGAUUAAAACUGUGCGAACCGUAAUUCAGAAAAUUCAAGAAGAGCUCGAAAAUCUGAGAACAACAGAGCUGGAUCCAACUACUUCAGCAUCUGUAUUCAAACAAGGAGCCUUUCUUGCUGACGUACUAGGACUUCUUGAGUCGGCAGUGGCUUCUCACGAUGAAGGGAAAAAUCGGCAAACCAGUAAUUUCGAUGUUCAUCCUCUGUUUAAAGAAAAGAAACGAUCCGAUGAUGAACCUGCAGAUUACUUUCUGCGAGAGGAGAUUCGCAAGUACGUCAAGAUCAAGCCUAACAGAUUAGGAAAACAGAAUUUCAUGGGGGCAAAUGCAACCUUCACCAGCAUAGGACACGCUUGCUUUGCCAUGAAGGAAGAACUAGAGGAGUACAUGGAUUAUGAUGUUGGCGAAAUCUGCAAUGAUGACUGGAAACUAGCUCAACGGCUUAUGGUUCAUGGCUGCGAUCCUCUGCCAAGGAGAAGGUGCUUCUCAAGAGCCCCUAAGCUGUACAGCCAACCGUUCCCCAUUAACGAGUCCAUGUGGAAACUCCCGGACGACAGAAAUGUCAGAUGGAGUCAAUACAGAUGCAAGAACUUUAAAUGUCUCGCAAACACGACCACCACCAGUAAAGGAUUCUUCAAGUGUUCAGACUGCUUCAAUCUCACCCAUCAUGAGAUGCCGAGAUGGGUAAGAUUGGAUGGUGAUUCAAAUCAGACAUCCGAUUUCCUCAUAACCGAUGUUCUAGGAAUCAAGCCAGGAGAGAUCAGAAUAGGGUUGGAUUUCAGUGUCGGAACGGGUACUUUUGCAGCUAGGAUGAGGGAAUUCAAUGUGACUAUAGUUUCAGCAACUAUCAACUUUGGGGCACCCUUCAGUGAAAUGAUAGCUCUUAGAGGACUUGUUCCUCUAUACUUGACUAUAAAUCAAAGGCUUCCAUUUUUUGACAACACCAUAGAUUUGAUCCACACAACAAGGUUUCUAGAUGGUUGGAUUGAUUUUGUGCUCUUGGACUUUAUAUUGUAUGAUUGGGAUAGAGUUUUGAGGCCAGGGGGUUUGCUAUGGAUUGAUAGCUUUUUCUGCUUAAAGGAAGAUUUGUAUGAUUACUUGCAGGCAUUCGAAAUGCUGCGAUAUAAGAAGCAUAAAUGGGUGGUUGUUCCAAAGCUGGACAAGGAUGAUCGGGAGAUGUUCUUUUCUGCCGUGUUAGAGAAGCCUCCAAGGCCAUUCCGGUGAUCUUUGCACCACGAUAUUUACCUUCUUUCUUUGUGGUUCUCAACAUUCUUAUUCUGGAUUAGUAUAUAUGGAAAAGUCAUUUGUAGAGUGGUCUGCUCUAAUGCUACAAUAAAUCGAGAACAACUUACCUUUUUUUUUUACUUUUCUAAACACAGAAAUGACUGUUCAAUAUGAUAUAUGUCAAUUACAAAAUAGUCAAUGUUGAA